AUGCCUGCUACAAUGAAGGAAGAUGAGUUCCUCGGAAACAACAUUAACAAGUCCAAGAAACAACAGUCCAUCAACAUGCUCAGUGGCAACCUGAAGAACAAAACCUGUCGGACGUUUUAUGCCCAAGAUGACGCUGAUCUCCUCAUAUUGCAUUACACGAAGACAGACAGCUCCAAGCAAGAUGAUUCCACGACGAAAGAAAGAUCCGAGGAUGAUAGUUUGACGACGAAAAAUAGAUCCGAGGAUGGUAGUUUGACGACGAAAAAUAGAUCAGAGGAGGACAGUUUGACGAAGACAGACAGCUCCAUGCAUGAUAAUUCGACGAAGAAAGAUAACCCAGAGAAUGAUAGUUCAACGAAGAAAGAUAUACCCGAGGAUGAUAGCUUGACGAAGGAAGACAGACCCGAGGAUGAUAGUUCGACGACGAAAGAUAGGUCCGAGGAUGGUAGUUUGACGACGAAAAAUAGAUCCGAGGAUGGUAGUUUGACGACGAAAAAUAGAUCAGAGGAGGACAGUUUGACGAAGACAGACAGCUCCAUGCAUGAUAAUUCGACGAAGAAAGAUAACCCAGAGAAUGAUAGUUCAACGAAGAAAGAUAUACCCGAGGAUUAUAGCUUGACGAAGGAAGACAGACCCGAGGAUGAUAGUUCGACGAAGAAAGAUAGACCCGAGGAUGAUAGUUCGACGAAGAAAGAUAGAUCCGAGGAUGAUAGUUCGACGAAGAAAGAUAGCCCCGAGGAUGAUAGUUCGACGAAGAAAGAUAGCCCCGAGGAUGAUAGUUCGACGAAGAAAGAUAGAUCCGAGGAUGAUAAUUCGACGAAGAAAGAUAGCCCCGAGGAUGAUAGUUCGGCGAGGAAAGAUAGAUCCGAGGAUGAUAGUUCGACGAAGAAAGAUAGCCCCGAGGAUGAUAGUUCGACGAAGAAAGAUAGCCCCGAGGAUGAUAGUUCGACGAAGAAAGAUAGAUCCGAGGAUGAUAAUUCGACGAAGAAAGAUAGCCCCGAGGAUGAUAGUUCGACGAGGAAAGAUAGAUCCGAGGAUGAUAGUUCGACGAAGAAAGAUAUAUCCGAGGACGAAAGUUUGACGAAGAAAGAUAUAUCCAAGGAUGAUAGUUUGACAAAGGAAGACAGACCCGAGGAUGAUAGCUUGAAAUAUAACAAUACCGUGCAGAUAACGGUACUAUACAAGUCCAACAAACCAAUGCGAGGUCUCCGGGAACGCACGAUGUGUAGAAAACUUGACAACGUGCAAUACGUACCCUUUGGAUACUCAGAGUACGAGAAAACAGAAAAAAGUGUGCGUGAAUACAGAAAAAAUGCUGAAACGAACGGGAAUUCAAAACUCUCAGAGAAGGAAUUGUGCUGCAACUUUGCCAAUGGCACAGCAUCUAGUUUCCUCAGUUUAGACCUAUCAUCCUGGAAUGUUCACUCAUAUUCAAAGACAUACAGCUACAAGGAUGAUAAAUUGACGAAGAAAUACAGCUCCGAUGAUGAUAGCUUGACGAAGAAAGGCAGUCCUGAGGAUGAUAGUUUGGCGAAGGCAGACAGCUCCGAGGAUGAUAGUUUGACGAAGGCAGACAGCUCCGAGGGUGAUAGUUUGACGAAGGCAGACAGCUCCGAGGAUGAUAGCUUGACGAAGAAAGGCAGUCCUGAGGAUGAUAGUUUGACGAAGGCAGACAGCUCCGAGGAUGAUAGUUUGACGAAGGCAGACAGCUCCGAGGAUGAUAGUUUGACGAAGAAAGGCAGACCUGAGGAUGAGAGGUUAAAAUGA